CAGUGCCAUUAUACAGUAUAGCAUACCUAUACGGUUAAAAGCAAACGACGUUUCAAAACAACAACGUCAAUGAACUAAAUAAAUGCACGUUGCUUAAACUGGAGUUAUACAAAUUUGUGAACGCGGUAAACAUUCCAUUAUUAAUACCCCUGAUUCGAUGUGUGAUCAUGAAAUAAAACAGCGAAUGUGCAAGAAUCAAGAUUUCGGAUUUUUUUUCUUGAAAACGGAGUGUUUUUACUUUAAUGAAAAACUCUUUUGUUUCGUGCAGAGGCAAGAUGGGAAUCACGAACAGUAGCAUAAUAGGUGAAUCAUGUGUUUAGUAUAUGCACAUGAUAUAGUUAUUUUUGAAACGCAUAAUAUUGUAUUUUUAUACAAUCUUGUUAGGCCACAAGUUAUAAACAGCACUAGAAAACGGCCUUCUCCACAAUGUGUCAUAAUAAAGUCUGGAUUGAAAAGUGAUAUGAUCAUAUUGCAUGCGCAUAAAUGGAAUACAUUUGAUAUACUAGUAGUGCAAGAUAUUUCGGGCUGUUAUAAUACAUGGCCAAUACGCAGAGGCACUGAGGGUAUGGAUGUACACGCAGACGUUAACACAACGUGCACGGACGGGCGGACAUUGCUGUACACUGCCGUCUUGCAGCAGCGCGUGGACAAGGUAGAUGACCUAAUAUCGCAUGGUGCAAACGUGAAUCUGUGCGAUCUCCGGAAAGUGUCCCCUCUUAUGGUGGCUUGCAGGUUAGGCAAUGAACAACUUGUAAAAAUAUUGGUUCGAAAUGCAGCUAAUAUAAACCUGCGGGAUUGCAUCGGAGAAUCUGCUCUGUACCUAGCAUGUGAGAAAUAUCACACAACCAUUGUACGAUACCUCAUAGAGUAUGGCGCCAGUGUGAACAUCGUAACAAAUGACAGACACCCACGGGGCGCCAGACACACACCACUCAUGGCGGCGCUUCCCUCACCGUAUGAAAUACGUGUCAACGGGAGGCUCAAGUCUGACGCCGUCGCCACUAUGAAGCUCCUGCUGGCGCAUGGCAUCGACAUCAACACACAGGACGAGCGAGGUAACACGGCCCUCCACAGGGCGGCGGACUUUGGAGAUGCGCAGACCGUCGCCUUAUUAGCUUCACAUGGCGCUAAGCUCAACAUUCAUAACUGCUAUGGUCGUACUGCUUUAACUGCUAGGCAUCACGGUCAGAACGAAAUUGCAAUUAUUUUAAUGCUAUAUGGAUAUAGGAUAGAACAUUUAGACCCCCAACAUGGAAUCAAUAUCCCCGUGGAAGCUGAGCGUUGCAAAUCAUUACAAAUGUUGACCAACAUGCUUGCUGAAGAAGUGAAUACGAGUUCCUUUUUGAUAAAACUAAACAAGGAUGAGCUCAGUAUAGAGAGGCGACCUAUGCAGGAGCCAGAACCACUCUGCCGGAUGUGUCGACGGGCGGCAAGGCGUUCAUUCACCGGCAACGCGGUGGACGCCAUAUUGGAGCUGGAAAUAGCCCCCGCCCUCAGGAAAUAUUUGGCAUUUGGCUUCGAUUUGGAGAUAUUUAACCCUCUGAGGAUAUACAAUAUCCGCCUUUCCAUCGAGGAAGGAAGCAAAGACGACGCUGGUUUGCACAAGGCAUGCACACAAGUUGAUGCGGACAUUUCGUUCUCCUUUUUGGAUGAACCCGCAGAUAAGUGGCACCAAGCUUAUAUCCGGGUCUCUCACGGAUACUGAUGGUAGUAAAACGGAUAUCGAUACUAGUUUAGCUGGGUUUUUUCUUCCCACCACUAAGCCUUAUACUUUAUAGUCGACACUACAAUGGGCAGCACAUAAACGUAAUUAAAAUAUGUUUCUCAGGUCAUUAAUAAAUGAGAAUGUUUAUAAAUAGAUACUGGAAGACCUGUCACUGCCUACAAUUGGGUCUAGUGAGACGAAUAGCCUGCAAAUGGUGAUACCGGACCCCGGUGAUAUGGUCAUCCCAGUUGCACUGCAUUGACGCCCCAGUGUCGGAGAGCAUGAAUGGGCAGCAGACCCUCCUUGGAUGCUUGAUUCUGGAUUUUAUUGACCUUCCAUUAAUAGUAACACAGUUAUGGAUACGGAUUGACAUACUAAGUUAUAAGCCCCCUUUGGGGGGCACAGGCAGUUUAGAUUGAAUGAUGGUUUGUGGUCACAAAGUCGGACAAGUGGGUAACCCCACCGGGCAACACAAGACCACAUUCUUGCGCAACAUCGUGCCAAGUGAAUGAUACUGCAAUAACUUGUUUCGCAAUUGUUGUUAAAAAAAUAAGUUUUAACUAUUCUGAAUGAAAUAUUUUCUAAAAAAAUAUUUUUACUAUAAUGCAUACAUGUACAUGUACAUUUGUUAAGACAAGGUACAAAUAUUUGACUAAUAAAAGUAAUGU